GUAUCCCGGCCUCAGUUGUUGACUAGAACUCUGCCCCAUCACCUCCGUAGCUCCGUCAGUUCGCCAGUGAUUAUCGCAGUAAGCGUGUAACAGUGAUAAGCUAAUACGUUCUGACAAUGGCCAAGCUGGUGUACCUUAUCCUAGCCCUGUGCGUCGUUCAGGGUACGUUUGCGCGCGUUCGCCGUGAUGCUCCGGCUGCGCCGGCUGCCCCGGAGAAAUCCUUCUUCGACAACUUGCUGGCUGUGGGUGGACAGAUCACGGUUGCGUUUGAGGAAAGCCGCCAGAAUGUGCUGAAGUCGCUUGGCUUCCAGUCGGACGACGAGGUCGUGCAGACGAUCAAGAACAACACAGAGCAGUACGUGUCGAACCUGCGGACCGCCCAGACCACUAUCCAGGAGGAGCUGGCGAAGCACUCGGAUGUGUUCGACCCGAUCGUGAAGGAUCUCAACGCUAAGCUGUCCGAAACCGCGGCCACGCUCUCCCAGCAGAACCCGGAGGUGGCACAGAAGGCCAAGGAGUACCAGGAGCAGGUGCAGACCAACCUGCAGUCGCUGUUUGCCGAGGCACAGAAGACGGUCGAGAAACUGAAGGAAGACUCGCGUGCCCCGACCGAGAAGCUGCAGCAGGCACUGAAGCAGAUCUACGAUUCGACCCUCGAAACUCUUAACAGCACGGGAGAAAAGGUGAAGCAGCAAGCCGCUAACUGAUCGGGAUGCGGGCUACCGGGCGUGUGUUUGUGUGUUUUUUUAAAUAAAGUUCAACAUUUGUACUAAAAGGAAAAA